CCUAAAAUCCACCCACUGCAGCCAUCAAUAGGCCACAAAAUGGCUCCACUCACUUUCCCAAAUGAAAGGCAAACGGUAAAGUGUCAGUAGGAGGGGAGAUCCGCGCUGUGAGCAAUGUCCCUAAAGAUGAUGGAGAGGCUGAGUACAGACAUGGAUGGCACCCGAGAUGUUGCAUCGCCCCCCGCACGACAAGACGCAGCUGAGCCUGAGAGAACUGUGGAACUGAGUGGGGUGAAAGAAGGGGCGGCCCCAAACUCCCCCCCUCGAGCUGUCCCGGUGAUUGAGCUGCUCAGAAGGGGGGAGGGAUUGGGGAAUAUAAAGGCCAGGGAGCAGGAGCUGAGACUGCAGAACAUCAGGACCACUGAGCUGUGUAGAGCUACUUUGACACCAGCCACAGAACUGUGCAGAGCCCCACUGACUCCUACCACAGAGCUUUGCAGAGCCCCACUUACCCCAACUACAGAGCUUUGCAGAGCCCCACUAACCCCCACCACAGAGCUGUGCAGACCUCCACUAACCCCUGCUGCUGAAUUCUGCAGAGCAUCAUUGACUCCAGCUUCAGAGCUGUGCAGAGCCCCAAGCUCAGUGACUGGACCGUCUCUCACUGCCACCACAGAGCUUUGCAGACCCCCCAUCCCCUUGCCAACACCAAGCACCGGACCCCCAGCUGAACAAGCAGUAGAAGCCCGGAUGGUGCAGCUGAGUCCCACAGCUUCUCUCCCUUUACAGGCGGCAGGCAGAACCAUGCUCUAUGGGCUCAAUCAGCCCCUGGCGUCAGAUAACAGUGGCUACUUUGGUGACCCAGACACCUUCCCCAUGUACACCAGCAAUUCCAGAGCUAAGCGAAGACCUGGCCCCUAUGAAGUGGAAAUCUCUGAAGGUCCCCAGCCAAAAGUGGUCCGACGCAUCUUUACCAACAGCCGAGAGAGGUGGAGGCAGCAGAACGUAAACGGGGCAUUUGCUGAACUCCGCAAGCUCAUCCCAACUCACCCACCCGACAAGAAACUUAGCAAGAAUGAAAUCCUUCGAUUGGCAAUGAAAUAUAUCAACUUUCUUGCCAAACUUCUCGAUGACCAGGAAGAAGAAGGCAACCAAAGGAAUAAAGGAAAUAAAGAUAAUGGAAUGGUUCAGCAAGAACUGCUUCAAGACAUGCUGUCUCCGAACUCUAGCUGUGGAAGUUCUUUAGAUGGUGCGCCAAGCCCUGAUAGUUACUCAGAGGAACACGAUGCACUGGACUCCAAGCACAGCAGAAAUCUCCAUCAAGCCAUGCUCCCCAUAGAUGGCAGUGGGCAGCGGUGAUUAAAUGAAUAUCCGUAUCAUUCCCAAUAGUUUCUCGUGGGUAUAAACUAUGACCCACUGGAUAUGGACCAGUGUUUUAUUGGUAUUGAUGCACACGUUUGGGAUGAAGACAGUAUAUGAAUCUUUAAGGUACUUUAUUUAAAAUAAAAAAAACGGCCAUCUUUAUAAUGUAUAGACCAUCCCUUCAAUGCAACAAAAUCCACUGUGCAAGAGGACUCUCACGUUUAUAGAUAAGGCAUAUCGUUCCAGUGUAAGGAAGGUUCAAUCUACAUAUUUGUGUUGAAACGUGUCAAACUGUUUGAUAGCUAUAUGCACAUUGCAUACAAAGUUGACCCAGUUAGACAUUUAGCAAAAUCAUUUCUCUCGAUAGAGCCUCAAGUUGGAUUUUGGAACCAUUGAAAUAAAGGAAGAAAAAGCAGAAUUAUUUUUACUUGGUACCUGUUGAAGAGAAGGUACAUAUACAUACAUUUAUAUUGCAAUUGUUGAGUUCACAUCAGUAUUAUUUAAGAAAAAAAUGUUUGUUACUUUAUCUAUUAUUUGCUAGUUGUGGUUAAAAUCUGCAUUUAUAAUGUAUCGAUUUUUUUUUAUAUUUUAAAGGCAUUUGAAGCCAAGGCAGUGUUCUGUUACAGAAUAUGAAUGUUAUCCUGUGACUUUGUAAAUGGCUGUGUGAUUUUUUUUACCUGAAAAAAAAAGUCUCUCUCAUUAUUCACAAGAUCCUGCAUUUAUUAGUCCAUGUUUAGUGCCAAAGACUCUAAAUCAAUGCUGUAGUUGCCAUUUUGAAUGCAUAAAGAAGUAGCCCUCCUGCGAAUCAAAAAUGUUAUUUUGAGUAUUAGUGCUGUUGUGUGACCGGACCCUUCUUACAAGGCAGGAUCUUGUCUGCUUUGUCUCAAUGUCCUAUAUGUUACUGUCCAAUAUCUCAGAUAUCUCAGAUCUUCCUCCAAACAUCUUUCUUAGUUCGCACAAAGAUUUCUAACUCCAACUUUCUUCUGCAAGUGUGUUAGACUACGAAUGUUUCCACACCUAGACAGACCUAGAAUGACCAACUAAGGAAAGUUAUUUGUUACAAAAUGUCCUGUUUUACUGCCUUUCCUGCUUCCAUGGAG